AUGAUCAAGUUAGUAGCUUUGAUCAUCAUCAUAACAUCAGCCAUUUGUUUUAUGUAUUCUUUCAAACAGAUUGUAUAUCAUCAUCCUGAAUGUUCUACAACAACAACAACCAUUUCAAAUAUUUCAUCACUUGGAAACUUUGAAACUACCCUGUCUUUUCCUAAUUAUCCUGCCUUACAACAUAAUAACUUGAGCUUAUCUCCCCCACCUCCUGAUGAUCAACAAUCGACGCGUUUAACGGUACCUAAGACCGAGACUAAUGGAUCACUAGAUGAUGAUGAGGAAAAAGAAGAACCAACACAACUCAAACACAUUGUUUUUGGCAUUGCUGCAUCUUCAUUUUUAUGGGAUAAAAGAAAGGAGUAUAUCAAACAAUGGUGGAGGCCAAAUCAUACUAGAGGUGUUGUUUGGCUUGAUAAAGAGGUUAGAACUGACAAAAAUGAAAAACUCCCUGAAAUUCGCUUAUCAGAGGAUACUAGUAAGUUAAGGUAUACAAACAGACUAGGAAGUAGAUCUGCAUUGAGGAUUUCGCGGGUGGUCUCUGAGACCCUUAAACUAGGGAUGAAGGAUGUAAGGUGGUUUGUGAUGGGAGAUGAUGAUACUGUUUUUGUUGUUGAUAAUGUUGUUAGGAUCUUAGAAAAGUAUGAUCAUCAUCAAUAUUAUUAUAUUGGGAGUAACUCUGAAAGUCAUGUUCAAAAUAUAAUCUUCUCUUAUGCUAUGGCUUAUGGAGGUGGUGGUUUCGCUAUCAGUUAUCCUCUUGCUCAAGAGUUGGCGAAAAUGCAGGAUCGUUGUAUUCAACGUUAUCCUGCUUUAUAUGGUAGUGAUGAUAGGAUUCAAGCUUGUAUGGCCGAGCUAGGAGUGCCCCUUACUAAAGAACAAGGAUUUCAUCAGUAUGAUGUGUAUGGAGACCUGUUGGGGCUAUUAUCAGCACAUCCAGUGACACCACUAGUCUCAAUCCAUCACCUAGAUGUUGUGGAGCCAGUAUUUCCAGGCAUGGCACGGCCCCAAGCAAUCGGUCAUCUGUUUGAGUCAGUCAACCUGGAUUCCGCGAGUAUAAUGCAGCAAUCCAUCUGCUAUGACAAGAAAAGAUUCUGGUCUAUCAGUGUCUCUUGGGGUUAUACAGUUCAAAUUAUUAGAGGAGUGGUCUCUCCUAGAGAACUUGAAAUGCCUACUAGAACCUUCCUAAAUUGGUACAAAAGAGCUGAUUACACUGGGUAUUCCUUCAAUACUAGGCCAGUCACCAGGCACCCUUGUCAGUCUCCUUUCAUUUACUAUAUGAGCAGAACGAGGUAUGAUCGAGGCAGCAAGCAAACUAUUGGGAUUUAUCGAGCUCAUGACAGGUAUAAGCACCCUUACUGCCGGUGGAAGAUGGAGAAUCCUGAAAAAAUUGACUCUGUUGUGAUUUUCAAGAGACCAGAUCAUCUCCGUUGGCAAAAGUCCCCAAGGAGGGAUUGUUGUAGAGUGGUAGAUUCAAAGAAGCGCUCAGUAUUAUAUGUAUGGGUGGGCAGUUGUCGCGGUGGUGAAGUCAGUGAACUGAAGUAGCUCAUUGGGUUCCUAACACCGAAAGGGGAUGCAAAGAGGCUGGUACCUACACAAAAAGAUCUAAUUCGGAGACAGAAAAGAGGAGUCUUUUUGGUUUCAGUAGUAUAGCAUGAAGGCCACCAGAAAGAAUCCACAAAUGUCAGGGCAACAACUUUCAAAUGUGAAUUUGCAUUGUUCAGAAAUUUCAUGGCAUAUGAAGUAACAACUUUUAAAUCCUGUAACACUUACAACCAUAGGCAAUUUUUCUGAAAAUCACUAAUGUAUGUUUUUGCAGUCUCAAGCAGAAUUGAUUGAAAUGUAAGUUCUACAUGUGAACAAAUAUCAUCUUAUCUACAGCUGUGUUUCAUACAAAAAAGAGGGAGACAAAACUAUCAGUACACAAUGCAUGCA